UGGCUCGAGCUUCCAGCGGGUAUCCUGUUGGCUUGGUCUUCUCAGCGGCCAUGAGGCGCAGAGGCCCGGAGAAGGAGGAGGAGGAGGCCUGCGGCGUGUGGCUGGACGCCGUGGCGCUGAAGAGGCGGAAAGCGCAGGAAAGACAAAUAAAUGGUGCUGACCAGAGGAGUGUUUCAUCUCAUUCAGAAAUUCAGACCAACAAAGAGUCUAAGGAAGACGCAACCCAGUUGGAACAUCUGACCCAGGGCCUGGCGGAUGACUUCAUGGCACCCCCUUUAGUCACUUCAACCCCUGCAGACAUCCAGGAAGCUGGACUUUCUCCUCAGUCUCUCAAGGCUUCUUGCCACCAUGGAAUAGAAACCCCAUGCUUGACUGUGCUGUCUUUGUUCCGGCCUGAUACCUCAAUCUGUGCUGGAGAGAGUAAGGCCUCACUGGCCAGCACCUUCACCCAGGACCUGGAGAGUUCUUGCUUGCUGGACCAAAAGGAGGGAGAGGAUUCUUCCUGUGAAAGGGAAUGGCUUCAUGGAUCUAAGAAAAAUAAUUAUCAGAGUGUGGAGAGACACAGUAAAACUGGGCACAAGGGCCAUCAGCUCUUGGAUAAGAGUAACUUGGAAGAUGUGUCUGCCAAAAGAAACAGGCAGGCCCCUGUCCUUCAAACAUACAAGGAUUCCCGGAGUGAAGCAAACACAAAGGCAGUGAAACAAAGCCCUUGUCCUAUUCCUGAGUUUUCCUGGGACAGUGAAAGGAAUGACAAGGACUCCUGGAGUCAGCUUUUCACUGAGGAUUCUCAGGGCCAGCGGGUCAUUGCCCACAACUCUAGAGCUCCUUUCCGAGAUGUAACCAAUGACCAAAAUCAGGGCUAUGGGCAGGUCCCUAAUAGCCCUUGGGCUCAGUGCCAGGACAGGACCACCCAGUUCAAUCUGCAGCCUGAUUCGCUCUUUACCCAGGACUCUGAAGGUAAUCAAGUUAUCAGGCACCAAGCCUAAAUGUCUUUGUGAGGGUUUGGGGGUUUGUUUCUAAAAGUACCUAGAAAUGACAUGUAAGAAAGCAUCUGCAGGGGGUGAGUAUGUUUGAGUAGGGGAAUGUAAGAUCUUUGUUUUAGAAAAGUCAUUCAGGAGAAUGAUCUUUGGUAGGAGGGAGGAGUGGGAUGAGGCUGUAGUUAUUGAGCAUUUUCUUUGUGUCAGUAAAGCAGGUGGUACCACUUGUUGAGAUAGUGUGAUUGGCUUCAUGUCUUGCCCUGAGGAUGAGGUGGCUGGUGAAUUCCCUGCAUGAGUUGUGGUGAGCACUGAAGGGGCAGGGCAGGUACUCAUCCCUCCACUAGAGCUUGCUAUGCAGCCUGCACAGAGGCACCUCUUUGCCCUUACAGAUGCUUCUGAUUUGGAAGCUGCUGCUUAUGGAUGUGUGUUUUUCUAAUCUUUGGCUGUAAUCUUACCCACUCAACCUAAGCUUGUCACCAUUAUUCUUGACACUUUUUUGAGUGAUGUUAGGCAAUUCUCCCAGACCCAGGCAUACAGGGGCAGGGAGGAUAGACAGAGAAGUAGAAUGA